AUGGCGGACAAGAGUCCUCCUGCGCCUAUGAAGCGCGUCUCCAGAGCAUGCACUUUCUGUCGAGCUCGCAAAAGCCGAUGUGAUCUGGAAGCCUCUGGCGGUCAACCUCCGUGUGGAAGAUGCAAAAAGGAUGGACGGGACUGUGUGCUCGGGACUUCCAACCGCGGCGGCAGUCGGGUCAGAAAGAAGAAUCUUUCAGCUACGGGGCUGUCUUCCUUGUCUAAUCCACCGUUGACCACUCUACACGAAGCCAAUGCGAAAGCGCAGCCUCAUCCUCCGCCCUUCUUUCCACUGUCGCCGCAACAAGACACCUCUCAAGGUCCGGUCAUCGUAGGCGCUCCCCAUGGCGGUCCUGCUGUGAACAUUGUCGAAGAUGAGGACUCAUCCUCCACCGCCGACAGUACCAUUGGAAAUACCAUACCGAGGAAUCCCUCGGACGCAUGGCAGCUCCUGAAGGAUGUGGCCAAUCGGGAAGCAGACCACCUGAAUGUUGCAGGAGAAGGGAACAACCAAGGCGAUCCUUCGAAUCAAAACAUGGAAAAUGGCGGCCGAGCUGAGCCCAGGGGAUCGAUCAAUGGAAUCCACGCUGGUAUCUCGACAUAUCGUUUGGUGCGCGAGGGCUACCUCACGGCCGAGAUCAUCCAGAUGCUGGUCAGACGAUAUGCCGAGCAUUACCACCCAUACCUGCCUUUGGUCCCCCGGAAAUACUUCGACCCCGCUCAACUGGAUCUUUUCGCCGUCAAUGACAAGCACCUUUUGACUGCCGUGCUCACUAUUUCGUCCAAAGACCUGAUUGAGCAGCCCAACGUUCAUAUUUGCUGUUCUCGAUAUAUGCACGAUCUCAUUUCCGGAAUUGCGGCCGGCCAUGACUGCGAAGUGGAAGCGGUCGAAGCGUUACUUCUCCUCGCCGAAUGGGAGCCGCAAGGCCUGCGAAACCGAAUCGAAGCGGUGGGAAGAGGUGAAGAAGAUCGAUCGGCAUGGAUGCAUGUUGGUAUUGCCCUGCGCACCGGCUACUUUUUGGGACUGGAUCGAACCGCCUUCCGACAAGAAUCUGCGGAGGAAGCCAGAAUUGACGGACGGAAGCGUCUGGCUUGGGCCAAUUGCUAUGUCUCCGAUCGUCUGAUAUCUGUCCGAAUUGGUAAAGCAUUUUGGUCUCGCGGACCAGGACCGAUGACCGGUCUUUCGUCUCAGGACUUCCCUUCGCUCCAGCCCUUCAGUCCCGGCGAUGAAGACUACGCCAAGAUCAUGCAGGCCACCCUGGACUUGACUCAACUCUACUCGAAUGUCCACGAUGUUUUGUAUUCCGGAAUGCGAACGAGUGGACAGAUGAUGCUGAUGGGAGAUUACGUCAAAUAUGUGGACGAUUUUCGCGCAGCCAUUGCUCGUUGGAACACCACCUGGGGCAGGUUGGAAUGCUCGCCUUACAUCAAGGUCACUCUGCAGAUGUCGUACGAGUAUCUGUGCCUUUACACCAACGCGUUUGUCUUCCAAGCAGCCAUAUCCCAGGCGAUUGCCAGCAAGCCCAAGACAGAUGCGCACUCUCUCCGGGACCACCUGCGAUGUGUCUUCAGCAAUGUCGGGGCGAUGCCCGACGCCCGAUUCAUCUGGGCUAGUGUCGCCGCGGCUAAAGCAUAUUUGACGCUGCUCAGCACGCAAAUUGAUCCCGGCAAAUACUUACGGUAUAUGCCGUUGAGGUACUAUCUCUAUAGCAUCUAUUCGGCCGUCUUUCUGUACAAAGCACGAUCAUUCGGGGUGAUGACAGACAUGGAAGAACGACAAGUACGGCAAUUGGUCUUCCAGGCCAUGGAAGUUCUCAAACGAGCCUCGGUUUCCGCCCAAGAUCCCGGUUCACGCUAUGCUCGACUUCUAGAAUUAUUGUGGAUGAAGCCGCCGAAGGGCCCUCCCCCGGGACCGCGCCCGGGGCAAUCACCAACUGCGUCCGACACUCCAUUGUCGUCCAGUGGUAGCGUUCGUGUCGAUGCUCAGGGAUAUAUGCAAUACAGCCCUACCAAUGAUUUCUCCUGGCUGGAUCUGGAGGCUGUGGGUGAUUUUGUCUCCGGUGACCCAAUGCCGGGCAACGGGAUCAAUCUCCUGGCCCCCAUGGCCGGAUAUCAGGCACCAGCAGCGUUUAUCCCUCAAGCCCAGGGAAUGCCAUGGCAACAGACGAACAAUAUCACAAACUGGCCCGUGGAUUGGACGGGAAAUCUAUUCUUUUGA